AUGAGUUGGCAAAACAGCUCGAUAUCGAGACUACUGUCUAACAAAGAUAUCAAAUACCUUUUUCGGAGCUAUGCGUUGGUUCCGAUUGGAAUCAUCCUUUAUCUGAUGAUAUUAUACGGGAUUCAGAGGAUCAUACAGGUGAUAGGAAUACGAUUUCCCUCUUCUGUGUGUCUCAUGUUGAUCCAAUUUAUAGGGUUGUCUCUUCUAGCUCUCAUUUUUGGAGAGAAAAAAAUUGAGGUUGUGUUGAAAGUGCUGGAGGUUCCUUGUGGAUUCAGUUUGCGGUGGAUGAACGUUUAUUUCAUACCCGCGUUCGUGGUGCUUCCUCUCAGCAAGCACAUUGGAGUCGGAGGUGCUUUUACUAUCUGCGGUAUAUUCGUGAUAGGUUAUUUAGCCAUGUUUGCUCUAAUUGCAUAUUUGACGCUCGGACUUGAGAUCGUUCAAAAUUAUUUGGCGGGUAAGAUUAGCAAGAGAAAGACACCCACAGACUCGGAGUCUGGAGCCCAGGAAUCGAAGCAGGAGUUGAAACCGGAAUUCAAAGCUGAUUCUAACGGAACUAUCCCGGAAUUGGAUUCGGCAACGACUACGGCUUCUGAGGAAUCACAGGAUAUAGCAACAGACUUGGAAAACCACAUAGAAGGGGAAGCGUUAAUGGAGCAACUCACGCAGAUAGACCAGAUCGAUACCAAUGCGGCCGUUGACAGGUUUAGUCGCACACACGGAGUUGUCGUCAGAAAUUUGUGUCAGGUGAUUGACUGGAGUCUUUACACGAUCUGCUUCAUUGUUGGAAUCGUUGUAUAUUUCACCACGGGCUAUGAGUUGCCGUAUCAACUGGGGGUGACUGUUCUUUUGUUCAAGACGUGCAUGUUGAUCCCACCUCGUUGGAGACGUUUUGCACACCCGAUCUUGAUUUCGUUUGCUGUUGAGCUGUUGAUAAUUCUGAUAUUCACCGAAAUUAGAGGCCAAGGAUUUUUGGAUAGUCUGAGGGAUUACAAGACGGGAAGAACGUAUCUUCAUCUCUUUGAUGGAAAGAACUAUCCUAAGCUGCCUGGAUGUGGUGAUCUGCUAAGUUCUUUAAUGGACGUUUCUAUCGUGUCCCUCUCCAUUCCCAUGUAUCGCUAUCGGAUGGACCUCAAGAAGAAUUUCUUGGUUUUGACUGUUCCAAUCCUCGUCUGUGCCGCCAUAUGUUUCUUCUGCUAUCCUCCUAUAGUUAGCAGACUGGGACUCUCUGAUUCCAUGGCACUCGGCUUCACCGGGAGAUCUGUCACACUCGCGCUGGGGACCCCUCUGGUUGCCAACCUCGGUGGUAAUCAGAGUCUUAUGGCUUGUUCUACUGUCAUAAGUGGCAUUAUCGGGGUCAUCAGCGGUGAGGCCAUGCUGAAGCUGUUGAGAUUGGACUCAGAUAUGGUUGAAGGUGUGACUCUAGGGCUCAACUGCGGUGCCGUUUCCACCUCGCAUUUGCUUACCGUAAAUCCAAAGGCUGCCAGUGUUUCUUCGCUGAGUUUCACGUUGUUUGGAACUGUGAUGGUUAUUUGGUCAUCCAUCAAUCCAUUAGUGAGAACAAUCAAAGACCUGUUGGUUUGA